AUGUGGGGCCAGGUCAAGACAGGAAUUGACGUGAACGCGUUCUUUCUUUCUGUCUUCUGUCUGCUGUAUGCUGUGUCGUUGUCAUGGGAUGUAUUCGUUCGGUUAUCCCGAGUGCUGAUCUAUUUAGAAUACAGUCACUUUGGUAAUGACAUCCUAUAUGUCAAUUCCCUUUUCUCUCUUCAUCUCUCUCUCUCUUUCUCUCUUCAUCUCUCUCUCUCUCCAUCUCUCUUUUUCUCUCUCUAUAUAUUUCUCUCUCUCUCUCUCUCUCUCUCGAAUACAGCCAUUUUGGUAAUGACAUCCUGUGUCAAUUCCCUUCAUUUUUCCUUAUUUAUCAUGCUCUUUCUCUCUCUCUUUCUCACUCCAUCUCUCUCUUUUUCUCUCACUCCAUCUCUCUCUCUCUCACUCUCAGAAGAAGAAGAAGAAGAAGAAGAAGAAGAAGAAGAAGAAGAAGAAGAAGAAGAAGAAUACUGA